UAAAAAAAAGAAUAACGUUCUCUCCCGAGUUCGACACAAAUUCUGAUUACCUUCCAUUAUUUUUCCUGUACCAGUUUGACAACACUAUCAUUUUAAUGCUUUAUUUCCCGUGUAGAAACAAGUUAUUUGUUAUGAAGGAGCUAUCGUUCUUCCGGAGAGCAGAUGAUUCACCGUGUAGCUAGCACCCAGUUAGCAUUAGUUUUGACACAACUCGGUGCUAAUACGUUCACUGGCGAUAUGAUGCGAGAAGAGCGAACUUCAUGUCCCAGAAACCCCGGCUUCAUUGGACCCGGCUGGCUGGACUCCCGAGUGUCAGUCAUGGCAGCGCCUUCCAGAGACACAUGUGGGACCAGGGAGAGGUCGGUUCUGGAUCGGGUCCCGCCGCUGCUGACGGACUUGUACCAGUUCACCAUGGCGUACGCGUACUGGCGGGCCGGGCGGCACCGGGACUCUGCGGUUUUCGAGUUGUUCUUCAGAGAAAACCCUUUUUGUGGAAGUUUCUCGCUGUUUGUGGGACUCAACGACUGUCUGACCUUCCUCAGGACUUUUCACUUCACGGACGAAGAUGUGGACUUCCUGCGUUCCGUCCUACCGCCAGCGACCGAUCCGGCCUUCUUCCAGUUCCUGCGGGGUCUCGACUGUUCUGAUGUUACACUCCGCUCUGUCCCAGAAGGCAUGGUGGUCUUUGCCCGGGAGCCUGUGAUGGAAGUGGCAGGUCCGCUGGCUGUGGUCCAGUUGCUGGAGACCAGUUUGCUUUGUCUGGUGAACUACGCCAGUCUAGUCUGCAGUAACGCCGCCCGCUUCCGCCUGGCAUGUGGUCACAGGAGAAAACUGCUGGAAAUGGGUCUCAGAAGGGCUCAGGGUCCAGAUGGAGGCCUGACUGCGUCCAGAUACUCGUAUAUCGGAGGGUUCGAUCUGACCAGUAAUGUUCAGGCUGGACUGCUGUUUGGGGUCCCUGUUGCAGGGACCAUGGCUCACUCCUACGUCACCUCUUUUACCUCUCUGGAGGAGGUCUGGCCACGAACGCUUGUCACUGUGAAUAGUGACCAUGAUCCGGUAGAUUUGAUCUCUCUGACCAAGGGUUGGUUGGGUCGGGUGUGUGAGCUUCUGGGGGCGGAGCCCGGGAAGAUCCACGAGGGAGAACUGGCUGCCUUCCUGUCGUACGCCAUCGCCUACCCCCAGAAUUUCCUCCCGGUGAUUGACAGCUACAGUGUUACAUGCAGUGGCCUGUUGAACUUCUGUGCUGUGGCCUUGGCGCUUUGUGAGCUGGGCUACAGACCGAUGGGAGUUCGAUUAGACAGCGGGGAUCUCUGCAAGCAAUCCGUGGACGUACGUGGUGUCCUAAGACUCUGCAGUGAGCAUUUCUCUGUCUCGGCCUUUGAUUCCCUCAUCAUUGUUGGCACCAACAACAUCUCAGAGCAAUCCAUGGUGGAACUCAACACCAAGGAGAACGAGAUCGACGUGGUUGGCGUUGGAACGCAUCUGGUCACCUGCACCAAACAGCCCUCGCUGGGUUGUGUGUAUAAGCUGGUGGAGGCUCGGGGCCGGCCCAGGAUGAAGAUCAGCGAGGAUCCGGAGAAGAGCACUGUUCCAGGAAGGAAAGCUGUCUACCGGCUAGUUGAUGCUGAUGGACAUCCUUUUCUGGAUCUUCUGUGUCUGGCAGUAGAGUCCCCACCAGAGGCGGGGCGUCCUCUGAGCUGCCAUCCUCUGGGCGGGGGUGACACUUCUCUAUCUGUCACUCCAGCUCAGGUCACCCGUCUUCGCCAGGAAAUGUUUACAAAAGGACAGGUCACGCGGCCUUUGAGCAGCACUGCAGAAACCAAAGCUCAAGUCCAGGACUCACUCCAGAGCCUGCACCCUCGACAUAAGAGGCUGCAGGAGCCUGACUCUUACACGGUGGCGCUAUCAGAGAGCCUACAUACCUUGGUUACAGAUCUCAGGAGAGCCAGCACAAAUAAGAAUAAUGUUGUUUUGGCCAACUGAAGAAAAUGUUUUGUUCUGAAAACCUGUCACGUGUGUUUAUUAUUGAGACACUGCAU